CAAAUAUUGAAGCUAGACACACUUAGGUAAUCGUCCUCCGCCAAUGGCCCCCCGUGCCCCCGUCUCGCUCUCGCCGACAUGGUCACUGUUCACUGGUCAAGAACACAUGCGGACAGCAGCAAGUCCCGCCGCCCAGCCCAGGCCCAAGACGUGCUUGACGCCGUGUUUCCGGCCAACUGGUUCAGAUUCGACCACCAAGCCACGGCAUCCAAUCUCGGCUUGUCAAGGACCGUAGAAGGCGUCUCGAAGGGGGAGGGGGGGCCUGAAGGAGCCCCAAAUGUGCCACCAG